AUGGUGAAGAAAGAGUAUAGAGGCCACGUGGUUGUGCUCCCAUAUCCAGGGCAAGGCCACAUCAAUCCUCUCCUCCAAUUCGCAAAACGUUUAGCCUCUAAAGGCGUGAAGGCCACAUUAGCUACAACCCAUUAUACUAUCAAGUCCAUUUGUGCACCAAACGUCGGCGUUGAGCCAAUCUCCGAUGGGUUCGACGAGAGCGGCUUUGCGCAAGCGCGAAACGUGGACUUAUAUCUGAAGUCAUUCAAGGAGAAUGGGUCAAGAACUCUAUCUCAACUCAUCCACAAAUUCCAACACUCCAAAUCCCCCGUCACUUGUGUUGUCUACGAUUCGUUUCUCCCAUGGGCUCUUGAUGUUGCUAAACAAAAUGGCAUCUACGGGGCUUCCUUCUUCACCAAUUCCGCCACAGUAUGUCACAUCUUCUGUCGCAUACACCAUGGCCUCCUUUCACUGCCACUCAAGCUCGAAAACGGACCCUUGUUGAUUCCCGGCGUUCCUCCCUUGAACUUCCCCGACCUCCCAAGUUUUCUCAAGUUGCCGGAAAGUUACCCUGCCUACCUGGCAAUGAAAUUGAGUCAGUAUUCCAACCUGGACGAGGCUGAUUGGAUCUUUGAUAACACGUUCGAAGAAUUAGAAGGGGAGGAGGCGAAAGGUGUAUCAGAGCUGUGGCCAGCAAAGUUGAUUGGUCCAAUGGUCCCAUCGGCUUACUUGGACGGCCGGAUUGAGGAUGACAAGGGAUACGGAGCAAGUCUAUGGAAGCCACUUGGCGAGGAGUGCAUCAAAUGGCUAGAAACGAAGCCACGUAAGUCGGUAGUGUAUGUCUCAUUCGGAAGCAUGGUCUCACUGACAGCAGAGCAGAUGGGAGAAAUUGCAGGGGGCUUGAAGGAGAGCGGCUUACCUUUCAUAUGGGUGGUGAAAGAAUCUGAACGUGGGACAUUGCCUGAUGGGUUCGUGGAGUCCACAAAAGAAAAGGGUUUGAUUGUGGGAUGGUGCAACCAGCUGGAGCUGCUGGCGCACCCAGCCAUCUGUUGCUUUGUGAGCCAUUGUGGGUGGAACUCGACGCUGGAAGGGCUUAGCCUUGGUGUGCCGAUGGUGGGAGUGCCGCAGUGGGCUGACCAAUUGACUGAUGCCAAGUUUGUGGAGAUUUGGGGGGUGGGGGUAAGAGCCAAGGAGGAUGACAAGGGAGUUGUAAGAAAAGAAGAAGUUGUAAUGUGUUUGAAGAAAGUAACGGAGGGAGGGAAGAGGCCGGAGAUUCAGAAGAAUGCUAAUAAAUGGAGGGAGUUAGCUAAAAAAGCCCUCGGUGAAGGUGGGAGCUCCGAUAAGCGUAUCAACGAGUUUGUUGAGCAGUUGAUGAUACGUGUCAAUGAAAAAGGGGAGGCAGCAAAGGACAACCUAAACGGUCAUCACUUGGUGUAGCUUUAAUGCUUUUUCUUUGAAUAAAGGACUUCUCCUUUUUUGAAAUCAGGCCAGUUAGGGAAAGGAUUGUCUUAGUGAUUUUUGUUUUUGUUUUUUUUUUUUUUUUUAAUAA